UAUAAAAGUAGAGUUCUCACUACAACUAAAGCAAACAAAAACAAAAAAUGGAAGAAGAAGCAAAUUUAAGUAUCAAUAUGAGGAGAUUCCUCUUGAUUAUAAAUUGUUUAUUAUUAUCCGUUGGUGUUUGUGGUGGCCCUUUAAUGAUGCGUUUAUAUUUUGUUGAAGGUGGUUUAAGAAUAUGGUUUAAUAGUUGGUUACAAACCGGUGGAUGGCCACUCACAAUUAUACCAUUAGUCAUCUUAUAUUUCUAUCGACGAAAAACCAAGGGCUCUGAUACCAAGUUUUAUUAUAUAACACCUCGUAUUUUCAUUGCAUCGCUCAUUAUUGGCGUUUUCACGGGUGUUGAUGCUUACCUUUAUUCAUGGGGCGGUUCGAAACUCCCCGUGUCAACGUCUUCCCUUCUCAUCGCCGCUCAACUUGCCUUCACGGCGAUAGGGGCUUACUUCAUAGUGAAGCUAAAAUUUACGUCAUAUUCGAUUAACGCGGUGGUUUUAUUGACACUUGGCGCGGUUUUAUUGGGUAUGCGAUCGAACGGUGAUCGACCGGAGGGUGUUACAAGUAAAGAGUAUGUAAUUGGUUUUAUUAUGACACUUUUGGCUGCAGCUUUGUAUGGACUUAUUUUGCCUUGUAUUGAGUUGAUGUAUUUGAAGGCAAAACAAGCUAUUACUGCAACAUUGGUGUUGGAGAUUCAAAUGGUCAUGUGUUUUGCCUCUACUGCUUUUUGCACAAUUGGAAUGAUUGCUAACAAAGAUUUUCAGGCAAUAUCAAGGGAAGCAAAACAUUUUAACCUUGGAGAAGGUAGAUAUUACAUAGUUGUAAUAUGGACUGCCAUAAUUUGGCAAUGUUUCUCUGUUGGUGCUGUUGGAGUUAUUUACCUCUCUUCUUCUUUAAUGUCUGGAGUUAUGAUUUCAGUUUUACUGCCAAUUACUGAAGUAUUAGGAGUAAUUUUCUUUGAUGAAAAAUUCUCAGCUGAAAAGGGACUUUCACUUUUUCUUUCUCUUUGGGGUUUUGUUUCUUAUUUUUAUGGAGAAUUUAAACAAGCAAAGAAACUUGAGAAGAAGAAAAUUCAAGAAAAUGAGAUGACAACAACAACACAAAUAGAACAUGUUUGACUUACUAUUUAUGGUUGUUACAAUUCGUCGUUAUAUAAUGAUGAAAAGUGUCAUUUUAUGUAAUGACUAGCUUAAUGUUGUCGUGAUGUUACCUUGUUUUCUGAUUACUUGGUAGUAUUUAAUUAUAAGUUAUAUUUGGCAUAUACAAUUCAUAAGUGUGUUUUU